CCUACGCGCAUGCUCCGCUACGGCAUCGAGGGCGACUACAAUGUGAUGGUGAUGGAGCUGCUCGGCCCAAGCCUGGAAGACUUAUUCCUGCUGAUGGGCCGCCGCUUUUCGCUGAAAACGGUGCUGAUGCUCGCGGACCAGAUGCUCAACCGCGUCGAGUUUGUGCACUCGAAGCAUUUCAUCCAUCGCGACAUCAAGCCGGACAACUUCGUGAUCGGCCGCGGGCGGCGCAUCGACAUCGUGUACAUCAUCGACUUCGGGCUCGCGAAAAAGUAUCGGGACUUUCGCAGCUACCUGCACAUCCCGUACCGCGAGGGCAAGAACCUGACGGGCACGGCGCGAUACGCGAGCAUCUCGACGCACCUGGGCAUCGAGCAGAGCCGGCGCGACGAUAUGGAAGCGCUCGGCUACGUGCUGAUGUACUUCAACCGCGGCUUCCUGCCGUGGCAGGGGCUCAAGGCGGGCAACAAGAAAGACAAGUACGACAAAAUUUUGGACAAAAAGAUGGCCACGUCCACGGAAAUUUUGUGCCGCGGCUACCCGUACGAGUUUGUGACGUACUUGAACUACUGCCGCUCGCUGCGUUUCGAAGACCGGCCGGACUACGCGUACCUGCGCCGGCUGUUCAAAACGCUGUUUUUCAACGAAGGCUACGACUUCGACUUUCGCUUCGACUGGUCCGACAACCCGGAGCUCGAGCAGUUUGAAGAGAACGAAGAGGGCUGA